CGCGCUUUAGUCGUCUGCCUGAACUCGAACGCGUAGCACCUCGGUCGGAAGUAAAUAAAGCGAAUAAUGGAGAAGAAUUUUCCGUACGACCAGCAGCAACAGCAGCAGCAACCCUAUGUUGCUCAGGCACCGCCCAGUUAUGACAACACCCAGGUCUAUCCCAACUUGAAUCAGCCUCAGCCGGUGAUUUUGACACAGCCUCAGAUUAUGCAGGCACCCCCCAAUGUCUUGGGUGGCGUUCCAUCUAUGGCUACGUGUCCCAGUUGCGGAGUCCGUCGGCAAACGAAGGUCGAGUUCGAGCCAAGUACCAAAACCCAUUUGCUGGCCCUUCUUAUCUGCAUGUUGGGGGGAAUCUGCUGCUGCUGCAUUCCCUACUGCACCGACUCUUGCCAGUCGGCCAAACACACCUGCAGUAGCUGCGGAGCCUAUGUGGGAACCUACAAGAACUAGAAAUCCUAUUCGAAAACCAAGCAAAUUUAUGACGUCAUAAAAUGUGAAAAAUAUACUGGUACACAAACUAUGUAUUCCUAAUGGAUCUUCAACACUUCUUUAUUGAUCUUCGAACUCCGAUUUAACACACCGAUGUACACAUAAUAGGGCUGUUAACACUAUCCCAGUGUAUAUUGUGAAGCAGCCUCAAUGCAUAUUUUUACAUUAAAUUUAAAAAAAUAAAUAAACACAUCCAAAA